GUGAGAAUGCCACAGCUCUGUCUUUUAAGAGAGUGCGUUUCCGAAGAAGUGCUUCCAAGAAGAGCUCAAUUUAGAAUACAACCGAACCGAAGCAGUACUGCAAAAGCUGAUUCUGCUGCCUUUGGAGACAAUGCUACAUGCAGACUGUGCGCACGACAAAUUCACGAAACUGACGGCAUAUUUGUCGAAUGUUGAUUAGCUCAAUCCGUUCGACUGUGGACAGUACCAUUGUUUUUAUUCUAACUUAUACGGCGUACGCCCUUCUUCAUGCCAACAGGAAAGCCUUUGGAAAUUUGAAACCGGCUAUCACGCAGGUAUGGACGGCACCGUCUAGAAAUGGUUCUGCUCACAUGUUGAAUUCGUCUGAAAUCUGGUCACGAUCUCCGUUAUUCAAUUCACAAGAAAAUGCCGCAAUGUUUUUGGGAAUUUUAGACUCUUUGUUCAUGGCAUCUUACGCUAUUGGUCUUUACGUGAGUGGAUGGCUGGGAGAUCGCUUCAAUCAUCGUCUUGUGUUGUGCUUCGGACUUUCUGGUUCCGCACUGAUAAUCUUCGUGUUUGGAGUUGUGACUGAGUGGACGGGGUUUUAUAAUCGAACCCUUUAUGCGAUUUUAUGGAUACUCAACGGCGUUACCCAGUCUACUGUUUGGCCCUCCUCAGUAGCCAUAAUGAACCUGUGGUUUGGGCGAUUUCGUGGUUUGGUACUUGGGAUUUGGACUUCUUGUGCAUCAAUAGGAAACGUUAUUGGAGACUUAGUUGUUGGCCUUGUAGUGUCUUUUGGUUAUCAUUAUGCUUUCCUUGUUCUUUCUGUAUGCUUGCUGGGCAUCGCGGUUGUGGUGUUUUGCGGCCUACCGGAGUCUCCCAAUCGUUACGUACGCAUUCAUUCUCUAUUGUUGUCGGCCAAACUGGAUGAUGCAAGGCUUCUGUUAUCCCAAGAGUCUGAAGGUGACCAAGCACAUGAACAAAGUAAACCCCUACCAUUCCUCAGCAUUCUACUAGUGCCUGAUGUGAUAUCUUGUUCCCUAGCAUACGCUUGUAUCAAGCUGGUAAACUAUGCUAUGUUUUUCUGGCUUACUUUUUAUCUUACUGAAAACUUCCAUUGGUCUAAUAGUGAUGCUUCAACCUUCUCAGUUUGGUACGACGUAGGUGGGAUCCUUGGUGGAAUUGCUGCUGGUCUGAUUUCUGAUGUUGCUAACCGUCACAUUUCUCGCCAUACGGUUAGUGUUUUCUUUAGUAUUGCUGCAAUACCCGCCCUUCUAGCAUAUCGUUUUACGCCCGGUGACCCGAAAGAUGUUAAUGGUUUGGUGAUGGCUCUUGCCGGAUUCUUUGUUGGUGGGCCGGCUGUAUUGAUUAGUGCUGUAAUAGCUGGUGAUAUCGGUCAAUAUGCGGAGCUCCGGAGCUCUCGCACCCAAGCUACAGUGGCUGGGAUUAUUGAUGGUACUGGCAGUAUCGGGGCGGCCAUUGGACAACUUCUGAUUCCUUUCCUUGGAUUUCAUUUUAAUUGGUCCUUUGUUUUCUAUUUAUUUACUAGUUGCAUGGCCGUCACUUCAUUUUGUCUAAUUCCGAGUUGGAUUAGACACAGGAGACGCAUUUUAAGAACACCCGUACCGGUUGUCCACUGUGAGUGA